AUGGAUUUAUUAAAAGAUGCUGCUAAAAACUUGAAUCUUUACGAAGUAAAAGCUUAUGUUCGUAAAGCUCAAAAUGUUGCUAUGAAUUUAACUGAAAUUGAAUCAAAAGUACGUGAAGCUACAAAUAAUGAACCAUGGGGAGCACCAAGUACAUUGAUGGCUCAAAUUGCUUCAGCAACUUAUAAUUAUAGAGAAAGAGAAGAAAUUAUAGCAUUUAUAUUUCGUAGAUUUACUGAAAAAGCAGCAAAUGAAUGGAGACAAGUUUAUAAAUCAUUACAAUUAUUAGAUUAUUUAAUUAAAAAUGGUAGUGAAAGAUUAAUUGAUGAUGUUAGAUCAAAUUUAUCAUUAAUUCAAAUGUUAAAAUCUUUUCAUUAUAUAGAUUCAAAAGGUAGAGAUCAAGGUAUUAAUGUUAGAAAUAAAGCUAAAAAUUUAAUUAAUUUAUUAAAUGAUGAUACUCAAAUUAGAAAUGAACGUAAGAAAGCAAGAGCAAAUCAAAAGAAGUUCGGUGGUGUUUCAUCUGCUGCAUUUGGUGGUGCCUCAUCAAUUGGAACUAGUUAUGGAGGAUCAAGUUCAUUUAAUGAUGUUGAUGAUGAUGAAUUUUCAAAUAGAGUUUAUGGUGAUGGUGGUGUAUACGGUGAAAGAUAUGACGAUCCUGCAUCUGCUUAUAACAAUGGUUCAACUGGUACAGGAGGUGAUCAAUUUGAAGAAUAUGAUGUUCAACCAACUACUAAAACUGCUGUAUCAAAAGCCACAACUGGUCAAGCUUCAAGAAUAAAUGCUAAAGCUUCAAAAUCAAAACCACAACCAAAGGAACCUGAAGGUGAUUUAUUAGGAGAUUUAUUAGGAUUUGACGAUACUCCUUCUUCAAGUAAUAAACCAGCAACCACCAACAAUGAUGAAGACGAUGAUGAUGAUGAUGAUUUUGAUGAUUUCCAAGCAGCUCCAACACAAACCAAUUCAAAUAAUUUAUCAAAUAAUUUAUCAAGUUUAUAUCAUCCUCAACAACAACAACAGUCACAACCACAACAGCCACAAUUCCAACAGUUCUCAUCACAACAAAAUAUAUUUGCAUCAUCAAACACAACAACAAACUCAUCAAAUAUUGGAUCAGGUUCUUUAUCAACAGGACCAGCAAAAUCUUCAAGUUCAAAUGAUGCAUUUUCAUCUUUAUUCUCAUCUGCAAAAUCAAAAUCAUCAACUCCAAAACCUAAAACUUCAACAACUUCUAAACCAUCAACUACCACAACCACAACCACUAAACCAACUGUGCAAGACGAUGAUUUUUUCAAUGAUUUCACCUCAUCUUCGAAUCAACAAUCUAAACCUGCUACAAAUGGGAAUAGUAAUAAUAAUAAUAAUGGUGAGAUUGAUUUAUUGAGUUUUUAA